AUGGACUCCGACUGGCUCUUCCAACUCCUCCAUCCCUAUCUCGCUCUUCUCGGGCAGGAACUGGCGGCUCCUCGGAAGACGUAUCUGAUAAAGGACAUCCUCGACUUGCCCACUUCGAAUGGUGAAAUUGACGAGUUCGGAAGAUGCAGUGAGUUCUGUUUUCAGAAUCAUUUCUAUAUCGAACAUUCAGAAGCGAGUUUGGAGAAGGAAGCGCCAGAGGAGAAGAACUCGAAAAUGAAGAAGAAGAAAGCGAGAACGACUUUCUCUGGCAAGCAGGUGUUCGAAUUGGAGAAGCAGUUCGAGACGAAGAAGUAUCUGUCGAGCAGUGACAGAAGUGAAAUCGCCCGUCGGCUGGACGUCACUGAGACUCAGGUAGUUCCCUCUUCCUCACUUUCCCACGGUUCCGUGCUCCUUUCAGGUAAAGAUCUGGUUCCAGAAUCGGCGCACCAAAUGGAAGAAGAUCGAGUCGGAAAAGGAGAAGUUCGCGCGGACAAUCACUGAAGAUCAGAUCGUGAAACCGCAAUGA